GAAAAAAUUGAUGGAACUCUUCUCAAAUCGGAGUUGAAUUCUUUUUCAAAACUGGGUUCACUGAGCGACAAUAAAUUAAAAACAUUGGAUUUGAAUACUCAAGAGAGAGAAAUUCAGCGCAUGUUGAGAUCGAAGUUGGAUUCUGGAAACGGUGACAGAGUUGAGGAACAUGACCAAUUUUACAGAGAUCAUAAAUUACUACUAGUCCUGUUUCGAGUUCUUGCCGUUAUGCCAAUACUACGGUCUCAACCUGGACGUAUAACGUUUUCUUGGAAAUCGAUGGCUACCAUUUAUGCCAUUUUUUUCUGGUGUUUGAUGACCUUUGUUGUAGUUAUUAUAGGUCGCGAACGAAUCCAUAUUUUACAUACCACCAAGCAAUUUGAUGAAUACAUAUAUGCCGUGAUAUUUGUAAUAUAUUUGGUACCACAUUUUUGGAUUCCUUUUGUUGGCUGGGGCGUUGCUAAUGAAGUUGCUAUAUACAAAUCAUCAUGGGGAACUUUUCAACUUAGAUUUUAUAAAGUCACAGGAACUUCAUUGCAGUUUCCACAUCUCAAAACAAUGAUUGUUUUCAUAUCUAUAGGAUGUUUACUCUGUGCUAUAAUUUUUCUGUUCUUAUUGUCAUUUUUGUUGGAAGGUUAUCCAUUAUGGCACACAUUGGCAUAUUAUCAUAUUAUAACAAUGAUAAAUAUGAACUGCGCUCUCUGGUAUAUUAACUCAAGAGCAAUUAAAGCUGCCUCAUAUUCGUUAGCUACUUGUUUUCGUAAGGAUAUGUCGAAGGAAUGCUCAGCCACAGUUAUCUCGAACUAUCGUUUUCUAUGGCUCAAUUUAAGCGAAUUACUUCAGUCUCUCGGAAACGCCUAUGCAAGAACCUAUUCGACUUACUGUAUUUUUAUGUUCGUAAAUAUUGUAAUAGCAGUUUAUGGUGCAUUUGCUGAAAUCAUGGAUCACAAAGAAGGAUUCCGGAUAUCAUACAAAGAGUUGGGUUUGAUUGUUGAUGGAGUCUACUGUUCUAUGCUAUUGUUUAUAUUUUGUGAUUGCUCUCAUAAUGCUACCCUUGGCGUUGCUAGGGGUGUUCAGAAAACUUUAUUGUCUAUAGAUUUAGAACAUUGCGAUAGAGAGACUAAAAAUGAAAUUGAUCAUUUUAUUAUUGCUAUUGAAAUGAAUCCAGCUAUCGUAAGCUUAAAGGGUUAUGUCAAUGUAAAUCGGGAACUUCUGACAUCGAGCAUUGGAACAAUCACUAUUUAUCUUCUGAUACUAAUUCAAUUCAAAUUUAGUUUGGAUAAAGGAAAAGCCUAAAAACAAACAUAUCACCGAUCAAUCCAACAGUGUCCAACAGUA